AUGGCCUCCAAACUUGAUCAAGCACUUGAUGAUGUUAUUAGGGACAGAAGGAAGGAAAGGUCCCAUGCCAGCAGCGGUAGAGGUAGCAGAAGAGAUGUGCGUCCUGCUCAAAGACGCGGUGGGGAUUCGAGUAUUCGUAAGAGAUUAGGCCCGGGUUUCAACAGCAGAAAUAAUAACAGUAGCAGCAGCGGCAGUUUUGGUGGUCCUAAUCGAUCUUUUGUUCGCACCGUUGACAUUGGAAAAAGAGGAAGCAAUGACAGAAGUCGAAACGUUAAUGGUCAGUGGACCCAUGACAAGUUUGAUGAGGGCAGUGACUCUAUUUUAUCUCGCUUGGGCUCUUCAGGCCCCUCUGGUGACCGUAAUAAUCGACGCAGCAUCGUAGAGCUUCAUAUUGAAAACUUACAUUACAACGUUACGGAGAAGGAUGUCGAAGAAUUGUUCUCUACAGUUGGAGAAGUGGCCAAAGCACGUAUCAAAUUCGAUCAAUCCGGUAGAUCGACGGGUGUAGCAUUUGUACAAUACUAUGAAAUGGCAGACGCUGAAAAGGCUGUAGAGACAUAUAAUAAUAUUGAACUUGAUGGACAACCCAUGCGUAUUGAGAUUAAGGAAAGAGAACCUACUUUACGCAGUAAUAGACCACGCUUUGGAGGAGGUCGUUUCACGAAUAGCAACCGUUAUGGUAGAGGUUUUGGUGGCAGAGACAAUAGAGACGGUAGAGAUCAUAGACGCUCAAGAGAACAUCGUGAUAAUAGGGACGACCGUAAAAAGCAAGAGGUUACAGCAGAAGAUUUAGAUAAAGAUUUGGAAAGUUACAUGCAAACGAACAAUGCCUCUGAACCAACAGACAUGGUGUUAGACUAG